UGUAUGUAACCCAAUUUGAACAAGUAUUAGUAAACCAAAAGUGAAAUCAAAAUGAUCCAGUUAGCUGGUAAACUUUUAAUUUUUUUAUUUGUGAUACAAGGUGUGUAUUCUUUUUGUGAGAACAAGGACGCGUUCAAUAAUGUAAGUGUAAAUGUGCACUUAUCGAGAAACGUAAGAGGUAUCAAGCUUGUUCAAGUGAGUUUAUAUAAGCAAGACCACUAUGCAAUAAUAGAUGUUAAACAAGGUAAUAUUACAGACCUAUGUGAUGGUAUUAUUAAAAAUUUUCCAGUACUAGAAUCGCUGUUUUUAAUCAACGUAAAUAUAUCCAGAAUUCAACCAAAUGCUUUUCAAGCAGUGCCUAGAUUAAGAGAAUUAUCUUUGGCUGUAAAUAAUAUAGAAGAUUUAGUGGAUGGUAGUUUUAACAACCUCGAUGCCCUAGAAACUCUGUACUUAUCUGGAAACAAAAUUAAAUUCAUUAGUGGAGAGACUUUCCAAAACAUGAAAAGCUUAAAACACCUUCAUCUAGACAGAAACCUAAUAUCCAGACUUGGUCCAAACUGCCUUAGGGGAAGUUCUCUAUUAAGUGUAUUAGACUUAAGACACAAUGUAAUGGAAGUUGUAGAUGGCAAUACCUUUCCCACUUUAGAACCAAUCUUUACUGAACCAGUAACCAUCUUUUUAGGAAACAACAAUAUCAAAGAUGUAGAUCCCAGUGUUUUUACCUUCAAGAAUCCCAUAAGGCUUCAUUUAGAACGAAACAAUCUAAACACGAUAUCUACGCUUUUCCAUGGUAUAAAAGAUUUCAGUGUUAUUUACUUAAAUAAAAAUCAAUUCAACUGUUUACCUGACGAUGUGUUGACAAAUGUAAAGAAGACAACAAAGACUAUAUACCUUUUGGAUAAUCCUAUAUCAUGUGAUUGUCUGAAAACUAUAGAGAACUCAUUCGCCGAUGAACUCUACGGGGUGGAACAUUUGAUUUAUAAUAGUACUUUUCCAUGUGAUAUGCCAGUUUAUCUAAUCCCUUAAGCAGAAGUCUAUAAAGUGUUAAAUAAAAUUAAUUCGU